AUGGCCAUGGCCGACUCGAGCGACCUCAAGGCGGCGCCAAAGAAGCGCGGCCGCAAACAAGACGACUCGCUCCCGCCAUCGCGCUCUCGCGACAUCCAGCGCGCCUUCCGCGCCCGCCGUGCCGCCCUCCUGUCCAACCUCGAAGCUCGAGUCGCCUUCCUCGAAGCCGAGAACGCCGCUCUGCGCGCCCACGCCGGCCUCGCGCACGAUGGCCCGCCGCUCUCGGGCCCCGAACCGCAGCUCACGGCCGUCGAGAGCGCGACGGGCGAAAUCGAGGUCCCCGGCGGGCCUGGGACGCUCGGCAACGGUGCGUCGACCGGGCAAGAUACGCCGACCGCGAUGGCGGCCGCGGUACCGGCGGGCUCGGCGCGCGGAGACGGCCCGCCGUCCCGCAAGCGCACGGCGUCGGCCCACGACCUCGACCGCGACAUGCACGACGCGUCGACCCGUCGCAGCUCGGCCGCCUCGUCGAGCACUCGCCGCCGCGUGUCAUCGCCGCCGCGAGCGUGGGCCGGCUCGAGUGCGGCCGACCCGCAGGUCGACGCGGCCGCCGAGGUGCUCCUCCUCGGCUUGAGCGGCGGCAACGGCGGCGGCACCGGCCUCACGCCGCCCGUCGACGCGACGAGCGCGGCGCGGCGCGACCUGAGCGGGCGCGAGGCGGCAGCAGGAGGGUACCCGCCGCAGGGCGCGUACGGCCAGCCGCACGUUCCGCCGCCGGGCUCGUCGCAGCACUCGACGCCGAUGCAGCCCAACGGACACGGCUACGCCUUCGUCAACGGCCACUCGCACGCCCAGGGCCAAUGGCAGUACCCGCCGCCGCCGCCGCACAUGCCGUCCUUCCCUCAGCAGCACCCGUUCCAGCACUCGCCGCACCCGCACCUCCCACAGCCGCCCUUCCCUGCCCAUCCUUCGCCCCUCACGCACUCGCAGCAGUGGCCGCCGCCGACGUCGUCCCCCUCGCUCCAGCAAGGUCCGCCGCAACAGCAGCACGGCUUCCCUCCCCCUCCUGCCGACCUGGCCCAGGCGCACUACCCUCCUCUUCCUCAGCUCCCGCCGGCACCCCACUAUCCAGCACAUCUUCAGCACGCCUCGUCCUUCCUCUCUGCGACCGCGCCCUCGCCCUCGGCCCCGCAUCCGGCCGUCCACCGCGACCAAGCCGCCUCGUCGCCGUUCACGCCGAUCGAGGCCCUCCUCCACACGCUCCAGGCGCAGCCGCUCCCGGCCUCGAUCCAGCACGCGACCCGCGACGAGCAGCAGCAGCAGCAGCACUCGCUCCACUCGCUCCACGGGUACCCGUACGACGAGCACGGCUUCCCCGUUGUGCCGCCCUGGAUCGGCACGGCUCCGCCUCGACCUGCUUCUGCGGCGUCGUCGCCGCCGACGAGUGCGCCCGAGCAGCGCGGCCGUGCGCCUUUACCCGGCGUCGUCAACGAGAUCAAGCCGCCCGGCGACGGCGCCGGCGACGAGGACGACCUGUCGCUCGAGGCGCAGCAGCGCGCGUUCCUCGUGCGGGCGUGCGGCGCCCCUCCUCCGCUCCAGGGCGCGCGAGCGGCGAGCGCUCGAGCGCGAGGGGCGCGCCUGCGCAAGUGGCACGCGUUCUGCGAGGUCGUCCGGCAGGGCGUCCUCGAGGCCGAGCGCGAGGGGAGGGUCGGGGCGCUGCCGGGUCCGCCGGCGCCGGUGGUCGGGGCGAGGGACGGCGAGCGUGCGACACGGUCUCGAGGCGGGAGCGUCAAGCAGGAGCGGAGCGAGGGAGACGGGCAGAAGGCGAGGGCGAGGGGCAGCGCGAGCGAGGGUUGCUGCGAGGGCGGCAAGGUGCAGUGCGCCGCGCCCGUCUCGAGCGAGCGGGACCAUCCUCGACCCUCGCCAGCACCUGCACUCGCUGCCGCCGUGGCGGACGCCGCAGUGUCGGCCGUCGAGGAGUGCUGCGGCGGCCUCAUCGACUGCUCGGGCCCCCUCUUCGACGACACGCCCUCGUACCCGUCCGCCACUUUCGCCGCCACCGCCACCGCCUCUGCCUCGUCGACCGACCGCGACGCCGCAUCGGCCGGCGCCGUCGUCGAGCCCGGCACGGACGCCGAGGGCGCCGUCGACUCGGACGCCGCCGCCGCCGCCGCCGCCGCAGCGGCAGCCGCCUACGACGACGCGCCGAGGUGGCCGACGCCCGCGCCGUCUUACAUGCCCCUGUCCGAGGCGUUCGCGCUCCUCGAGCCGUACAUGGCCGACCCGUGCCCGCCCUCGUCCCCUCCUCGUCGCCCCUCGCCCUCGUCCCUCUCGACCUCGCCCACCUCGCCUUCUUCCGCCGGCGCCGCCGACGUCGACGCCUCCUCGGCGUGGGGCGUCGCGCCCGGCAAGCUCGCGACCAUGCUCUGGGACACGUACCCGUCGUGGACCGCGCCGCCCGGGCUCGCGCUCCCCGACGGCGCCGGGCGCGACCCGCCGCACUUUGCGAUCGCGCCCGCGCCCGCUCCACUCGCGUUGAGCGAGGGCGGCGCAGGGGAGCGUGCCGAGCGAGAGGGAGAAGGACCAGGCGGCGCGAGGGCGGCGAGGUGCGACGCGCUGUACGUGUGGCGGUGGUGCGUCGAGAUGAGCGCGCGCGGGCUCGCCGUGCGGGACCUCGUCGUGCGCGGCGUGUGCGGCGAGGACGAGGCCAAGCGGCGCGUGUUCCAGGGGAUCGAGGGCCUGAGUGCUGAGGGCGGCGAGGGGUGCGAGAAGCGCGAGGGGGACGAGGAGCAAGGGCGAGCGACGGGGAGCAAGUGCGGGAGACGGUGCUGAGGAGUGCAGGCGUGCAAUGCGGUUGCCGAACAGC